GUCAUCUAUGGCUGUAUUGAAUUUUGGGGGUUAAGUUUCAGAGGGAGUGUCGAUGUGCAGGGGGAUGUAACGAGUAGAAGAAUUUCACGAAAUUUUCAACUAAAUUUAUAGAAUGGCUGGAGAAGUGGAAAGCGCUAGACAGGCAACACCUGGUGGCGACACUAUUUUUGGCAAAAUAUUAAGAAAAGAAAUUCCGUGCAAUUUCAUUUAUGAAGAUGACCAGUGUGUUGCCUUUCAGGAUAUUAAUCCACAGGCACCUACGCACUUUCUAGUUAUUCCACGUAAACCAAUACAAAGGCUUUCCGAAUCGAGUGAUAGUGAUGAACAGUUGCUCGGCCACCUCAUGAGCACUGCAGCGAAGGUAGCCAAGCAGCAGGGACUGAAAAAUGGCUUUAGGCUAGUGGUGAAUGAUGGACCAGAUGGAUGUCAGUCUGUUUACCACCUGCAUAUACAUAUUCUUGGAGGUCGUCAGAUGGGAUGGCCACCAGGUUAAUUUCUUGAACAUACACCACCUGCACACAAUGUAUUGCAGUUGCUGAAUAUUAAACUUAUGUACGCAUAUUGAAAAUAAAAUAUUUGGCAUUUAA